GGAAGUCCCCAUCAUCAUCUGUCUUUUUUAUGCUCAGAUAAACACAAAAUCCUUUGAAGAAUAAAGUGGGGAUGAUACUUGCUGAUGCCUAUAAGAAAUUCUUUGUAUGAUUUAUUGUGUCUCCAUCUCUAUAUAAAGCCUCCACUGGCCGUUAUCAAGUAUACUGAGUUGUGAGUUUUGGAUUUAUGAUGUUGCUUGCUCUGCUGCUUUGCUUGUUCUCUUCUUUAGUAGCUGGAAUCGAUAGAAGCCAAUUCCCUCCUGGUUUCCUCUUUGGAACAGCCACUUCCUCUUAUCAGAUUGAAGGUGGAUAUUUGGAUGGUAACAAAGGCUUAAGCAAUUGGGAUGUCUUCUCCCACACACCAGGAAUAAUAGAGGAUGGUAGUAAUGGGGACAUAGCUGACGACCAUUAUCAUCGAUACAAGAAUGACAUCGAUUUGAUGCAUUCCCUUGGAGUGAACUCCUACAGGUUCUCUAUAUCUUGGUCAAGAGUUUUACCCAGAGGCAGGUUUGGAGAGAUUAAUUCAGAAGGCCUAUCAUUUUAUAACAAACUUAUUGAUUACUUACUGCUUAAAGGAAUACAGCCCUUUGUAACGUUAUGUCAUUACGACAUUCCUCAAGAAUUAGAAGAUCGAUAUGGCGCAUGGCUAAAUUCUCAGAUACAAGAAGAUUUUGGGUAUUUUGCAAAUAUAUGCUUCAAAGAAUUUGGCGAAAGAGUAAAAUAUUGGAGCACAUUUAAUGAGCCAACUGUCUUGGUUAACAAAGGAUAUCGGUUGGGUAUAUAUCCGCCAAGUCGUUGUUCUGAACCUUAUGGUAAUUGUUCAGUAGGAGAUUCUGACAUUGAGCCAUUCAUUGCUGCCCAUAAUGUGAUACUAUCACAUGCUACUGCUGUUGAUAUUUACAGAAAGAAAUAUCAGAGAAAGCAAGGAGGUUCUAUUGGCAUUGUGGUGUCAACAACUUGGUUUGAGCCAUAUUCUGAUACCCCAAUUGAAAGGAUGGCUGCCGCACGAGCGAGCGCUUUUGAAAUUGGAUGGUUUCUUGAUCCCAUAAUAUAUGGUUCUUAUCCACCAGAGAUGAACCAAAUCUUAGGACCAAUAUUGCCAACAUUUUCAUCUAGUGACAAGAAGAAAUUGAGAAGUAGCUUGGAUUUCAUUGGAGUAAACCACUACACCUCCUUGUAUGCCAAAGAUUGCCUUUUUUCAGAAUGUUAUUUAGGGCCCUUUCAAAGCAAUGGCUCUGUGCUAGGUCUUGGAUACAAGAAUGGCGUUCCCAUUGGACCAAAGACUGGUAUGUCUAAUCUUUUUGUUACACCAAAUGGCAUGGAAAAGACUGUUUUGUAUGUAAUGGAGAGGUACAAAAAUGUGCCUAUGUUUCUCACAGAAAAUGGCUAUGGACAAAAUACUAGUAGCAAUUUAUCAACAAAGGAAAUUCUGAUUGAUGAAGUCAGAGUAGAAUUUUUGAGGAGCUACCUUACUUCACUAUCUAAUGCUAUUAGGAAAGGAGCUGAUGUAAGAGGCUAUUUCGUAUGGUCUCUUAUUGAUAACUUUGAAUGGUUGCAUGGUUAUUCUGAAAGAUUUGGGCUUUAUCAUGUUGAUUAUAAAACGCAGAAGAGAACUCCAAAAUUAUCAGCUGAAUGGUACAAAAAUUUUCUUAAAGGGGGAGAAGAUCAAUAACUAAUUUAAUGAUAUUAUGAAGAAAAAUUUUCUGUUGAGGUUUUCAUGAUUGUAUGUUAUCGCUCUAAAUGUGAUGUCAGAUGUUUGAAUAAUUUGUGCAUUGUAAUCUCAGCGUUGUCUUAAUUAAUAAAAGGAGGAAAGAAGUGGACCUUUAAUUUCUUUGGAAAUUAUAUGUAUUGUGUUCU